AUGCCUUCCACCAACGGAAUCAACGGCGCCAAGGUGCUCGACUCCAAGUCCGCGCUGCAGGUCUUGAAGGAGUACGAGAGCCGCGAUGGCCUCGACAUCCACGAGCUCAUGGACACCAAGAAGCACGGUGGCCUGACCUACAACGACUUCUUGCUCCUCCCCGGCUACAUUGGCUUCCCCGCCUCCGCCGUCGUCCUCGACUCGCCCGUUACCAAGAGAAUCACCCUCAAGACCCCCUUCGUCUCCUCCCCCAUGGACACCGUCACUGAGCACGAGAUGGCCAUUGCCAUCGCUCUCCAGGGUGGUCUGGGUGUCAUUCACCACAACUGCUCUCCUCAGGAGCAGGCCGACAUGGUCCGCAAGGUCAAGCGUUACGAAAACGGCUUCAUCUUGGAUCCCGUCGUCAUCAGCCGCGACACCACCGUCGGCGAGGCGAAGGCUCUGAAGGAGAAGUGGGGAUUCGGAGGUUUCCCCGUCACAGAGUCCGGCAAGCUUGGCUCCAAGCUGCUGGGUAUCGUCACGAACCGCGACAUCCAGUUCGAGGAGGAUCCCAACCAGCCCAUCUCCAAGGUCAUGGUUACCGACCUGAUCACCGCCCCCUCGGGCAUUGACCUCCCCGAGGCCAACAAGAUCCUGGCCAAGUCCAAGAAGGGCAAGCUGCCCAUCGUCGACAAGGACAGCAACCUCGUCUCCAUGAUCUCCCGCUCCGACCUCAACAAGAACCAGCACUUCCCCCUGGCUUCCAAACUGCCCGACAGCAAGCAGCUCCUCUGCGGUGCCGCUAUCGGCACCCGUCCUGAGGACAAGGACCGCCUCAAGCUCCUUGUCGAAGCUGGCCUCGACGUCGUCAUCCUCGACAGCUCCCAGGGUAACAGCAUGUACCAGGUUGAGAUGGUCCAGUGGAUCAAGAAGGAGUUCCCCGGCCUCGAUGUCGUCGGCGGAAACGUCGUCACUCGCGAGCAGGCUGCCACUCUGAUUGAGGCUGGCGUCGACGGUCUCCGUAUCGGCAUGGGCAGCGGCUCCGCCUGUAUCACCCAGGAGGUCAUGGCUGUCGGCCGUCCUCAGGCCGCCGCCGUCCACUCUGUCAGCAGCUUCGCCGCCCGCUUCGGUGUUCCCUGCAUUGCCGAUGGUGGUGUCCAGAACGUCGGCCACGUCGUCAAGGGUCUCGCCCUCGGCGCCUCUACCGUCAUGAUGGGUGGUCUUCUGGCCGGUACCACCGAGUCCCCCGGUACAUCCUUUGUCUCCCGUGAGGGUAAGCUCGUCAAGGCCUACCGUGGCAUGGGCAGCAUCGACGCCAUGCAGGACAAGAAGGCCGGCAACGGCAGCAAGGACAGCCAGAAGAGCAACGCCGGCACUGCCCGCUACUUCUCUGAGGGUGACAGUGUCCUCGUUGCCCAGGGUGUCACCGGCUCGGUUGCCCACAGAGGUCCCAUCAGCAAGUUCAUCCCCUAUCUGGCUGCCGGCCUGAAGCACUCCAUGCAGGACUGUGGUAUCCAGUCUCUCAAGGAGCUCCGCGAGUCCGUCGACAACGGCACUCUCCGCUUCGAGAUCCGUACUGCCAGCGCUCAGCUCGAAGGCAACGUGAACAUGGAAUCUUACGAGAAGAAGCUCUUUGCCUGA